AUGUCUGCCAGGCCUAAAAUCCUCCUCCUGGGCGAGAUCGACCACGCACACAAGCAGUGGGAAGCGUUGAGUGAGAUUGGAGACCUUAUCAAGUCACAGUCUACCAAUCGAAGAGAAUUCAUCGAAGAAUGCAAGAGUGGGAAACUAGACGGGGUCGUUGCAGCAUAUCGCACUCUCGACUCAGUCCGUAUUACUGGACUGAUUGACGAGGAGCUUGUCAGCGUGUUGCCAAAAACAUGGAAGUACCUUUGUCAUAACGGAGCUGGAUAUGACCAGAUUAAACCAGAUACAUGCUCAAACCGAGAUCCGCCACUGUUCGUCUCAAACACACCAGCCGCCCCGGAUGAUGCCACCGCCGACACCGCCAUCUUUCUUAUGCUCGGUGCCCUGCGUAACUUUAACACAUCCAUGGCGGCCCUCCGUCGAGGCGACUUCAAGGGCAACCCUUCACCAGCUCUCGGUCAUGAUCCUGAAGGCAAGACCCUCGGAAUCCUUGGCAUGGGGGGCAUCGGCCGCAACAUGAAGCGAAAAGCAGAGGCUUUCGGAAUGAACAUUAUUUACCACAACAGAAGAGAGCUGGCUUCAGAAAUGGCCGGUGGUGCAAAGUAUGUCAGUUUUGAGGAGCUACUGAAGACGAGCGACGUCCUAAGCUUGAACCUGCCUUUGAAUAACAAAACACGGCACAUUAUCUCGACAGAACAACUCCGACGUAUGAAGCCCAGUGCCGUCAUUGUGAACACUGCCAGAGGGCCGGUAUUAGACGAGGCAGCUCUGGUGGAUGCGCUCGAUCAAGGAGUAAUCGCCGGUGCAGGUCUGGAUGUCUAUGAGGAAGAGCCAAAGGUCCACCCAGGGCUUGUUAGGAAUGACAAAGUGGUGCUCCUCCCGCACAUGGGUACCUGGACGAGCGAAACACAAGCGAAGAUGGAAUGUUGGGUCAUUGACAAUAUCAGAAGUGCAUUAACAGGUAAGGGGCUGUUAAGCGUGAUCAACGAGCAAAAGGACCUCGGCCUCGACAAGGAGAAAUGA